AUGAUUCGACAAAUAACAGAUAUGAUUGUAGCUAACGGACUCGCUGCAGCUGAAACUGUUGUCUGCGUGAAAGAUUGUUGGCAAAUCAGCCGAGCAUCGCAAGGUACUAUUCAAGUAGAUCCAAAAGCUUUUUCAACUGGUAUUCUAGCUGGGACUGAUUAUAUUCAUUCGAGAAAACUUAAAUUUGGUCUCUAUUUAGCAAACAUUGACACAGCAGAACGUUCAUAUACAGAAACCUAA